AUGAGCAAAUUAAAUUUGAAAGACCUCAUCACCACCAAAAAAAUUCCCAACAAAAUACUGAACCGACCUCUUCCUAGCCCGCCAGACCCUGCAUCUCCCAGUCCAAAACAGUUACCCAAGACAGUCAGGAACGCAACUAAAUCUAAGAACGACUUUUCGAACUUCAACAAGACGGAGCCAAGGUUUUCCGAUUCGACGAUAACCAAUAUAGAGCAGAGUGAAAAAUUUCAGUUGCGAAAUAAGAAUUCUAGAUUAGUUCGGUCGGUGUUUAACAUAUCAGAAACUAUCGAUGAAAACGAGGAUAGCGAUGGAUACGUCAAAUCCAGCUGGCAACUUUUACAGACCAGUAAAUCAAACGAAGUUGAUGAUUCCAUAUAUCCCAAUGAAAGGGACUUCAAAGUAAAUUUACUAAAUAAUUCUUCCAAUAAUAAUGUGAACGUUCAAAAUAAUUCUAACAAAAACGAACAAAAUUGUAAUAAAACACAAAAUGUAAGGUCAACCUCUUCACCUAGUUUUCUGCCAAGUCAGCCUCCCAAACUUAAUACAAAGCAUUUACCUGACGAUAAAUGCUUGAACCGAUUUAACAACAAACCAAUUUCACCAAAAUCACCGAUAAAAAUUGACCAAAAUGUUUUUGAAAGCAAAAACUGUCUUGUACCUGGGAAUGAUUUAAUGGAUUUCAAGCGUAAUUUAAAACCAGCAUUACCGAUACCUCAAAAAAAAGAAGGCAACCAUCCAGUCAAACCUCCAAAUCAUAUAAAAAACUUUUUCAAUAAUAAAAACUUACAUUUGGACGAAUCUAAUGAAAAAACUAAUAAGAACGACAUCACUCAAAAACAUUCAAGUCACAACAAUUUGCACAAACUUAUUCAAACGCCAAUAAAUAUGUCGCCAGAUGGGUGUUCUGGUGAAGAAAAAAGAUACAUAGAUAUGAAAUCAAACGUAAAAAACAGCCGGCCGGCUCCACCAAUCCCAUUCAAAAGCAAUCAAGACCGGCCAAGAAGUCAAAUUCCAAUCCAAUCGAAACCAGUAUCACGCGUGAACCCGAUUAAAAAUGUACAGCAGAAUGAAGAGCGGAACGUGGUGGUCAUCAUCGACAGCGGCUGGGCUUGCGACCUGUGCAAAGGAAUUAACAACAGUGGCGACUACGAAUGUCCCUCGUGCUUGGCUGCGAAGCCAGAAAGUUGGAAGUGCAAAAAAUGCAGAGGAAUCCUGUCGACUAGAAAAGAUGAAUGCCUCAAUUGCAAAAUAUUUCGCUGUUUGAAUUGCCAAGAACAGAACUUCUUGCCCGCCAAGUUCUGCGGAAUGUGCGGUCAUAGAAAGCAAUCGUAA